UAUCUCGAGAGCCUCACCGUGAACGAAGCCGAGUAUAACGGCUUGAUCUUGGGGCUCGACAUGCUGGAGGGCUUGGAUCGCAGACGGCUGGUGAUCUGCGGGGAUUCUAACCUAGUGAUCCGAAAAGUACGGGGUGGCAUCGAUUGUAAGGCACCCGGACUGACGCUAUUGAAGCGGAAAGCCCUCGAUCGCCUGAGGAAAUGGAAUGAUCAUGAGUUGGUUCACGUCAAGAGGGACUGGAACGGAAGUGCCGACAGUCUAGCAAGCGCCGCUUUGCCCAGGAUCUGGUUACUCUGA